AUGGUUCCUGUGCUGACAGCCAGGCCCCAAAAGCAAUCAGUGACAUUCAAGGAUGUGGCCGUGGAAUUCACCAAAGAGGAGUGGCUGCAGAUGACCCCAUCUCAGAAAAAGUUGUACAGAGAUGUGAUGCUGGAGAACUAUAGGAACUUGGAGUCUUUGGGAUUUGCAGUUUCCAAACCAGAUGUGAUCUACCAUUUGGAAAGAAAGGAAGCAUCUUGGAUGCCAGAGGCAGAUAUUCCCAGAAGCAGCUGUCCAUGGAGCAGAGAAUUUACUGGUGAUAAACAUCCAGAAGGUAAUGAAUGUGGGAAGGCCUUCAGAUAUAAGACAUACUUGUUAAAGCAUCAGAGAUUUCAUAGGGGAGAAAAUCCAUAUGAAUGCAGUGAAUGUGGGAAGGCCUGCAGGGUUAAGACUAAACUUACAGAGCAUUACAGAAUUCAUACUGGGGAAAAACCUUAUGAAUGUGAUAAAUGUGGAAGGACCUUCAGAUAUAAGAUACAACUUACAGUGCAUCACAGAAUUCAUACUGGAGAGAAACCUUAUGAAUGUAGUGAAUGUGGCAAGGCCUUCAGGAAGAAGGCACAGCUCACAGUGCAUCAUAGAAUUCAUACUGGAGAGAAACCUUAUGAAUGUCAUGAAUGUGGGAAGGCCUUUAGAGAGAAGAUGCAACUUACAGAGCAUCACAGAAUUCAUUCUGGAGAGAAACCCUACAAAUGUGGUGAAUGUGGGAAGGCCUUCAGUACCAAGAAGCCCCUUGCUCUGCAUCAUAGAAUUCAUACCGGAGAAAAACCUUAUGAAUGUAGUGAAUGUGGGAAGGCCUUCAGGAGGAAGGCACACCUUACAGAGCAUCACAAAACUCAUAGUGGAGAGAAACCUUAUAAAUGUAGUGAAUGUGGGAAGGCCUUCAGACAUAAGAGUAGACUUACUGUGCAUCAGAGAAUUCAUACUGGAGAGAAACCUUAUGAAUGCAGCGAAUGUGGGAAGGCCUGCAGGGAUAAGACUCGACUUACAGAGCAUUACAGAAUUCAUACUGGAGAGAAAUCCUAUGAAUGUGGUGAAUGUGGGAAGGCCUUCAGGGAUAAGAGACACCUUACAGUGCAUCGUAGAAUUCAUACCGGAGAGAAACCUUAUGAAUGUAGUGAAUGUGGCAAGGCCUUCACGAAGAAGACACACCUCACAGUGCAUCAUAGAAUUCAUACUGGAGAGAAACCUUAUGAAUGUCAUGAAUGUGGGAAGGCCUUUAGAGAGAAGAUACAACUUACAGAGCAUCACAGAAUUCAUUCUGGAGAGAAACCCUAUGAAUGUGGUGAAUGUGGGAAGGCCUUCAGUACCAAAAAGCCCCUUACUCUGCAUCAUAGAAUUCAUACUGGAGAAAAACCUUAUGAAUGUAGUGAAUGUGGGAAGGCCUUCAGGAGUAAGGCACACCUUACAGAGCAUCACAAAAUUCAUAGUGGAGAGCAACCUUAUAAAUGUAGUGAAUGUGGGAAGGCCUUCAGAUAUAAGAGUGGACUUACUGUGCAUCAGAGAAUUCAUACUGGAGAGAAACCUUAUGAAUGCAGUGAAUGUGGGAAGGCCUACAGGGAUAAGACUCGACUUACAGAGCAUUACAGAGUUCAUACUGGAGAGAGACCUUAUGAAUGUAGUGAAUGUGGGAAGGCCUUCAGGAGUAAGACACACCUUACUGUACAUCAGAGAAUUCAUUCAGGAAAGAAACCUUAA